AUCAAAAUGUUUUCUCGGCGGAGGUGCCGAAGACCAAAUGGCGUUAUACUGUUUCACCUGCAGUAUUUGGGAGUUGAUUUAAAAGCCGCGGAUGACUAGAUGAUCACGAGAAGGAAGUGCUUUUGUACAGAUGUUUUGGAUCUUUUUUCCUUCCUUUUUCAUUUUCUGAGAGGUCACUUAAUGAUCGGGGAAGGAUAAUUGCGUUUCUGGAUAUGUCAUUUCUGAAGUGGGCAUGAUCAGCUUUCAUUUGUAAAUAUUAUAGACAUCGGAUUAUCUGUUCUGUUGGAGUAAGCGAUUUUUUGCACCAACUCGAAUUGGAAUGAUUUUUGUGGUCUUAUCGUCACGAAGGUGCACUUGCUCGCUUGAUUACGAUUCCAACAAAGUGGAAACAGACAUUUCAACGCGUGUCAUAUUUGCAGCAUGGAGACUUACAACUUAAGGGACCUGAGACACUCUCCUUGAAUGCGUCAGACUGCCGCGGCGAAGGAUGGGCCCUUUUCUCCCGGCGAUUUGCGUCGUGCUGCUCGCCCUGAACGCCGCUGUCUCGCCGGCCUCUGUCGGCCCUGAGGACUAUCCCGCCACGGACGAGGCCGAGAGAACUGCCAACAAUGACAUCAUUUUCGAUGACUACCGAGGGAAAGGCUGCGUGGAUGACAGUGGCUUCGUGUACAAGCUCGGGGAACGCUUCUUCCCGGGCCACUCGAACUGCCCGUGCAUGUGCACGGAGGACGGUCCUGUCUGUGACCAACCCGAGUGCCCUAAAAUACACCCCAAGUGCACCAAGGUGGAACACAACGGCUGUUGCCCCGAAUGCAAGGAGGUCAAAAACUUCUGUGAAUAUAGAGGGAAGACUUAUAAAAUCCUGGAGGAGUUCAAGCCUUCGCCCUGUGAAUGGUGUCGCUGCGAGCCAAAUAACGAGGUGCAUUGUGUGGUCGCUGACUGUGCAGUACCAGAGUGUGUCAACCCAGUGUAUGAGCCAGAACAGUGCUGCCCCAUCUGUAAAAACGCCUUCGCCCUGUGA